AUGGACACGACCGUCCCUCUCCUCGACACUCCCAAAAAAGCGUCAUUGCAAAGACAAGCAGACACUCUCCGUGCAGCGCUGAAAGACUAUGAGCGCACCUUUGCAGCAGAACAUGACGGCCGUAAACCUGGCAGAGGAGACAUCAAGUUGAACAGAGCGAUCGCGAGCAAGUACACAGAAUACAACAAACUUCGCGACGUGAUCGCAGGCAAACUUGGACUCGCCGCUUUGGAUCCGCCCGCACCAAAAGUACGAACUUCUCGAGCAGACAGUGUAAACGACUUGACGCCACGCCGAUCGUACAAAUCUACCCCGUCGAAGCCUCGCCAUGCGCACGAUCUUGAUCCAUAUGAUGCACCCUCAUCCAUCUCGCCAAAGCCAUCCCUUCACGCCAUUGGACCUACCCCCAGGCGAGAUGGGAUGGUUCUGGGUAUUUUCGAUAUGCUCCCUCCAUCGGGCUCAUUGAAGAGCUCCAGGGAUACACCUUCGAGUCGAAAGCGCAAGAUUGACGCCUUGAACGACAACACCGAGCCUUCGUUCACGCCCAUGGCUUCGCAGACACCCAGUCGGCGACGGACACAGCACGUGGGUACGUCCCACCCGGGAGGAGAUGCAAAAGAUGCAACCGCAGCGACGCCCGCGUCGCGAAGUUUAAGCACAAGUACAAGGAAACACUCCAAGACACCCAUAAGCCAAAGCAAACGCUUCAUGCUGGACCACUUUUUCGCGACGCCCAGUGCCGUACGGUUCUCCAGCCUUGUCGAGCGGGACGAAGAUGACUGCGACACUGAAAGUAAUCUGCCGCGCACCACGACACCUUUGCGUGAUGCUCUACUUGGCCUUUCGCCGGCGCACCAGAGUCAACAACACGUAGGUUCCGCUGAUGCGACACCGCCGUAUUUGAAGCGGAGUUUCAGUUUCAAAGAACGUCUCUUGUCCGCUUCAAACAGUCGGCGGGGGUCAUCUGCUGGCACGAAAACCGGUGUUGCUGAUCUAGGUACAAGUCCGACAAGGACAAGGAGGCCUGGACCACGGGGUCCAGGUCCAGGACCAGCCAAAUUCGCACCGAAGCCAUUGAGCCAGAUCAUCGCGGAGCAAGCGAGUCAGAGCAAGGCUGAAGACAGGAGCGUAGCGCAGACACGCGAGGGCGGAGACAACGGCGAAUACGACGACGAGGACGACCUCGAAGCUCUGCGUGAGAUAGAGGCAGGCGGGAUCAAUAUUCUUUUGGGCGAUAGCCAGCUCGACCACAGUCAGCCAGGCAAUGGCGGCGAGACAGGGGCAGGGACAGAGGUAGAGCAAGGAGGUAGAGUGUGGAAGAAAAAGGGCCAGAAGCGCACGACGCGAAGAGUCAUCAUGCGCCCAGUCAGGAUGAAGCCUGCUGCUGCGCCGAAAUACGUGGCUGCAGAUGAGGACGAGAACAGCGAGGACGAAUUGGCGCUUGGCAACGGUGAUGACCACCACACCGGUGCAGACAUGGUGGAAGAGACGCAAUUUGUUGAUGAUGGUCGUCGUGCAGCUGAUCUGCAUGAGGAAGAAGAUGAUAUGGAAUUCCUGCUCGCCGAAGCCGAGCAGGACGACGAAAACCGAGAUUUUGAUGCUGAUGGGGAUGAGGAGUUCCGUCUGGAGCCGGCGGCGCGAACGAAGAAGCAGAAGAAGCCAUCCUUGAAGGCGAGAACCAAGGACGAGAAAGCAGAGCCGGAUCUCCUAGGGAAACUUGCAAAGAAAAAGUCCAAGGCGCACAAAGCUGCAGAAAAUCCGAAAGAGAGAACGAUCAACCCGAACGCCUACUCGCAUAUGAACUUUCGAAGUCUGAAGAUCAAGAACAAAAACUCAAAAGCAAAAGGGAGAGGCAAGUUUGGUAGGGGACGGCGGUGA